GCGCUCGUCACGUGACCAGGUUAGUUUACCAAGCCGAAAAUCAGCCAGCCAGAUGAUACGCGAUGAUCUCCUAAAAAAAUGACCUGCCGCAAGAAUCUGCCCGACACAAUGACCACGAGCAGGCGACCCUCGGCGGUAUGGCUCACAUAAACGAGCGUGAUUUUGCUUUUUGUUUGGUUACUUGUUGGUUGACGGCGGCGGCUGACACAUUUAUUGGGGCGCAGAGCAGAUCACGCAGACAAAGGGAAAAGGCUUUCAUAGCGAGAAUGCUUCGGGCCUAAAAAGAAGCCAAGAGGAAAUACAGCAGAAGCAGCAGCAGCAGCAGAGACGAUUGAAGCGUGAAAGCUGCCAAAUCAAGAGAAGUCUGCCUCAAAGUGGACGAUAGAGACCAGAUCGGGCCCUAGCUGGAAAAAGAACCAUCAAGUUGUCUGGAAUUUUCCCUCAAUCCUCUUCCAAUGGUUCAUUGGUUGAGGCCAUGGCCUCUCAGUCAGGCAACAUGAACCGUGAAGACCGGAAUGUGCUCCGUAUGAAAGAAAGGGAAAGGAGAAAUCAAGAAAUCCAGCAGGGAGGAGAGGCCUUUCCAGCUAACUCCCCCCUCUUUCCUGAACCUAUUAAAGUUGCCAAGGAAGAUAAACUCUCAAGUCGCAUCCAGAGCAUGCUGGGAAAUUACGACGAGAUGAAGGAAACCAUUGGUGAACCGCCAAUGUCCAAGCUCAUUUCCAAAGCUUCCAGCUCUUCCUCCGAGGAUAAAUCUGGCCAGUAUGGUGACCAGCGCGGAGGCUCUCAGACUCAAAGCAGCAAGUGGACCCCGGUGGGUCCGGCCUCAGGAGGUGGCAACUCUUCAUCGUCUUCUCAGAAACGCUCAACUGUGCAGAGCGUCAGCCAGAAGAGCAGCUCCAGCGGGCAGCGGCACGAGCGGGACUACAGCGGCAGCAAGAAAUCCAGCAAGCACAGCAACGAGCACAAGUCCCACUCCAGUUCCAGCCCGGCCAAAGUCUCCAGCAACCACUCGCGCCGAGUCCCCAAGUCCCCCAGAGACAGAGAGGCCAAUUGGGACUCGCCCUCCAUCCCGCAUUCCUUCCCCAGUGGACAUCCCAACCAAACCUUCCCACCCUCGCUCAUCAAAUCCAGCUCCAUGCCCCAGAAGCCCACCGCUUACGUUCGGCCCAUGGACGGCCAGGAGACGACCGAGGCAAAGACGUCUUCAGAUUCGUACAGCGGCCAAUCGCACAGCAGCACAGUUGGAGAAAUGAAGCCCAAUGGAAAGGGCCCACUCCCCAAGCUCAAGAUCCCAACACAGCCUCCAGAGGCGGGGGAUGCGAGCUGUGUUGAUGAGAUUUUAAAGGAAAUGACUCAGGUCUGGCCUCCUCCAUUAACAGCCAUUCACACCCCCUGCAAGACCGAGCCGCCUUCCAAAUUCCCCUUCUCCAACGCUAAGGAUGCCCAGCACCAGUCUGUUGGGGCUCAAAAAAAGUUCUCAGGGAAGAGCGCAUCAACCAGUCACCCGUCAAAGCCAUGUGACAGCGAGCAGUCCAACAUGCUUCAUGAUGAUCUUAAGCUCAGCAGCAGUGAAGACAGUGACGGAGAGCAAGAUCCUGCCAAAAACACCCCUCAAAACAACUCCACAAGUAACAACAGUAAUAACAGUGAGGGAGCGGAGCGAGAGGACACCAGCAGUCACAGCGGCUCCGAGAGCAGCUCCGGGUCCGACAGCGAGAGCGAGAGCAGCUCCACCGACAGCGAGACCACCGAACCGCCACGAGCUGCGACCCCCGAGCGGGAACAGCCUACGGCUAACAAAUGGCUUCUGGACAACUGGUUAAAUAAGGUCAACAAGCUGUCUCCUGCUUCUCCGGUGGAAAACAGCAGCAGCAGCACGCCGGGAACCAAGUAUAAGAAGGAGGGUCGAGAUACCAGCUCCAGCAGGAGUUACAGUGGGCAGGGGUCUAAAGAAGCUGCAACGUCAGCCGGCCGAGAGUUGCGACCCAAUCAGAAGAGCUCCGAAAGCUGGCGAGGACGCAGUCAGAAAUCUCCUGCUCAGAGCGAGGGCACAAGUCAAUCCGGGCGACGGGUCGUAGGCAAAAAACAGCCCAAAAAACCUGAGAAGCCGCCGGUGGUUGAAGAGCCCAAGGGUGGACUAAAAGUAGAAACCGAACCAUCGCCGGAAAUCCCGUCACACAGAGCUCGCGCUCCCAAUAAAGGCCUGCGCAAACCCAACAUUAAAAAAGAACCCAAAACCUCCUCUCCACGACCUCCGCCUGAUAAGCGCAAGACGAAAGCGGCAAAAGUGCCCAGCAAGUCUCGCGAGUUCAUCGAAUCGGAUUCGUCGACGUCGGAUUCUGAAGGCAACGAAAGCGACCCAUUGCCUUCUCAGACGCCGAAAGAUUACAGCGAAAACCCGUUGGUGCCACUCUCGCCCAUUUAUGACCCGCCCAGACUGCUGGUGCAGAUCAAUCUCAGCCUGCUGACUAGAGUCCCGGGACAGCUCUACAAUGAGACGGAGGUUAAGGUGGAGCGAGGGUCUCCAGCGGAGGGAAAAAGCAACCAGAAGCAGCCCGGAGAAAAGAUAAGCAAGGAAGGAAGGAAGAGGAAACACAAGAAUGAAGAUGAUGGUGUGAAACCAGAGAGUAAGAAGUCCAAACUGGAUGAGAAGUCUUCACGCAAAUCAAGCAGUAAUGAUUCUUCCAAGCGUGCUCAGGAAAAAGAGAAGGAGUCUGCGCCGUCUCCCUCCAUCACACUGCAGCGGACGCCCAAAUCUGAGCAGCAGGGGCGCAAGCGGACCCUCAGCCAGUCCUCCAGCACCGUCCCCAGCAAAGACAAGAGCAGCUCCAGCUCCAGACACCGCAGAGGAGACGACAAACCCCAGCGCAGAGAGCCCAAGGAGAAAAGCUCCAAAUCAGAGAAUCCCGUUUCAGUGCCGCCGCUCUCUGAGGGCUCCAAAUCUAGAUCUAAACUUCUGUUUGAGGACAGGGUUCAUUCGGCUGAUCAUUACCUUCAAGAAGCCAAGAAGUUGAAACACAAUGCGGAUGCUCUGGUGAGGAUGGACAGAUUUGAGAAGGCGGUGUAUUACCUGGACGCCGUGGUGUCUUUCAUCGAGUGUGGAAAUGCCCUGGAGAAAAACGCCCAGGAGGCCAAAUCCCCCUUUCCCAUGUAUGCAGAAACCGUGGAGCUCAUCAAGUACACUAUGAAGCUAAAGAGCUACAUGGCACCAGAUGCAACUUCUCAAGACAAAAGGCUAGCAGUGCUAUGUCUUCGAUGUCAAGCGCUCCUGUAUUUGAGGCUUUUCAAGCUGCGGAAAGAAAGUGCACUGAAAUACUCUAAAACACUCACUGAACACUUGAAGAAUUCAUUGAGUAAUACCCAAGCUCCGUCUCCUGGAGUAGCAAAUAAAAGCGCAGGGAUGCCGUCUCCGGUCUCCCCCAAACUCUCUCCUGGCAGUGCGGGCAGCUACUCCUCCAGCAGCUCCAGCCAAAGCGCCAGCUCCUCCGUCACCAUCCCGCAGCGCAUCCACCAGAUGGCGGCAAGCUACGUGCAAGUCACCUCCAACUUCCUGUACGCCACCGAGGUGUGGGACCAGGCUGAGCAGCUCGCCAAAGAGCAGAGAGAGUUCUUCACUGAGCUGGACAAGGCGAUGGGUCCGCUGAUCUUCAACACCAGCAGCAUGACUGACCUGGUGCGGUUCACGCGGCAGGGCCUGCACUGGCUACGACUGGACGCCAAGCUCAUCCAGUAGAGCGCUUUAACCUGUAGCCCCUUCUUCUAUGCCUACGCAAAACACUCACACACACACACACACACUCGACCUGCCUCAGACAUCUGUGACACUGUGCUCAUUUCUACACCAGCUUGCCAAAAAUACAAAACACUCAGAGCCCCGGCCCUUCCCCCGCGCCCCUCUCUGCUCCGCUCGUGAAUAUUCAAGAAAGGGGAGGCGGCUUACUCAACCACACAUCCACACACUGCGUCCUGAUCAUAUCAUCGGCUUGUUUGUUUUGGUGUAAGAAGCCUUGUUUCGUACUUUUGACUUCUUUUUGCUGGCUGUAAGCAAACAAGGAUAAUAAUUGGAUGUUUAUGGCGCUUUUCUUUUAACCAAAGUACCUCCCUUUUACCAAAGGUGCUUUAAAAUUGAGGUUUUCUCUCCUUUUUAUCAGUUUUAUUGUGCCUUGUAUUUGAUAUACAGGAAACUAAGAGACACAAUAUCUUGAAGUACACAUCGAGGAAGGUUUAAGUGUGGGUGUGGAUCGCCAAAGGCUUGAAAAACGAACAUCUGAGGCUUGUUUUUUGUUUGUUUGUUUGUUUGGUCAGACCAAAAGACUGUUCGGCACCAUAUCAAGGCAUUACCGUGUUCGCUUUUGGCCAUAUAUCUGUAUUCGUCACUACCGCAAACACCCAGGCCACGAUUUUAUUUUAUUCUCAUUCUUUUCUAAAGGAAAUGUAGCGCUCGCAUCGGUGUCACUUUUUCUUCUGGUAUUAAAAGCGCAGGAGUAUUUUAUUACCGCGGCUGACGCGCUCGGCCAGAUGUAGAUUUUUAUUUAGAUAUAAACGCAUAAAUCCAAGUUUUCCGCAUUUUUUCGGCAUGGAUACAGGGUUGCAAUACGAGAUGAGAGAGACGUAUUUCUAUUGUAUAUGAAAAUAUCAUAUUUAAAUAUUUAAUGUGAGUCUUGAGGUUGCCUUUUCUAGUGUCAUAGUCGCCCCCGUGUGUUGCAGUUCUUUUUAAAAGGAAACCAGUCAUGUAAGGAUGUAUUUAUGAUGUGCUCUGUCGCAAAUAGCAGUCUAUGUGUGUACAUAUUGCAGUCGUUUUAGAGCAGACCGGCUCGUGUCCAUACGCAAGGUGUAGAUCUGAUCCAAAACCAUGGGCGGAGUUGAUUGCGCUCCAUGGUGUAUGAAAUGCUGGAAACAUAUCGUCUCUUGCACUAGAGUCUUUUCUCUGAUUGGCUUUUUUUUUGUUUUGUUUGUUAAUCGGUGUAAUCAUUUGAAAACAAGGUGUCCUGUCGAUGGGAAUCGCAGUAUUUGACUAUUAAUCGGACCUUUGUUUUGCAGAUUAAAUGUUUGAGAUUUGAUUGGUCAAGAAACAUUCUGUAAUAGGAGUGAGGUUUCUUAAAGGAACACUGCACUUUUUUUUGUGGAAAUAAACUCGUUUUAGAUCUCAACAACAGUUAAGCUGUUGAGUUUUAUCAUUUUUGAAUCCAUUCAGCCGAUCUUUGGGUCUGGCGGGGGCACUUUUAGCUUAGCUUAGCAUAGAUCAUUGAAUCGGAUUAGACCGUUAGCAUCUUCUGGAGUUACAUCAUUACAUUGCAUUUUCCGUCGGUCUGUAGCUACAGAAGAGUCUAGAUUUAAAUAGGAAAAUGAUCAAAACUCUCUUUUUUAUGUUUUGAGCGAGAUGCUAAUGGUCUAAUCUGAUUUAAUGAUCUAUGCUAAGCUAAGUUAAAAGUGCUUUUUGUGUGGAAAUAAACUCAUUUUCCAUCAUAACAACACUUAAACUGAUUUUUAUAUUUUUUUUAAUCCAAUCAGCUGAUCUUUGGGUUUGGCAAGAGCACUUUUAGUUUAGCUUAGCAUAGAUUAUUGAAUCUGAUUAGACCGUUAGCAUCUUCUGGAGUUACAUCGUUACAUUGUAUUUUCCGUCGGUCUGUAGCUACAGAAGAGUCUAGAUUUAAAUAGGAAAAUGAUCAAAACUCUCUUUUUUAUGUUUUGAGCGAGAUGCUAAUGGUCUAAUCUGAUUCAAUGAUCUAUGCUAAGCUAAAAGUGCAUUUUGUUUAAAGAUAAACUCAUUUUCCAUCUCAACAACACUUAAACUGUUGAGUUUAUCAUUUUUGAAUACAUUCAGCCAAUCUUUGGCAGGGGCGGGAGCACUUUUAACUUAGCUUAGCAUAGCAUAGUUCUUAAAAUCGGAUUAGACCGUUAGCAUCUCAGAAAUGACCAGAGUUUUGAUCAUUUUCUAUUUAAGGCUUGAACUCUUCUACAGUUACAUCAUGUACUAACACCAAUGGAAUAUAAGAGGUUACUAUAUUUCUAGACCGAUAUGGAUAUGAACUAGGUACUUUGUUGCUGUACCAUGGCUUUUAUUAUGUAGUGGUUGAAAAUAGAAACUUUACAUUUUUUGUCGGUUUGUAACUACAAAAGAGUCGAAGAUUUAAAUAGGAAAAUGAUCAAAACUCUUAUUUUUUGUUCUUUUUUAUAUAAUGUUAUGAGCAAGAUGCUAAUGGUCUAAUCUGAUUUAAUGAUCUAUGCUAAGCUAAGCUAAAAGUGCUUUUUGUGGAAAUAAACUCGUUUUCCAUCUCAGCCACAGUUAAACUGUUUAGUUUUAUCAUUUUUUAAAUCCAUUCAGCCGAUCUUUGGGUCUGGCAGAAGCACUUUUUAGCUUAGCUUAGCAUAGAUCAUUGAAUCAGAUUAGACCAUUAACAUCUCGCUCUAAAAAAUGACCAAAGAGAUUCAAUAAAUUUUCAUAUUUAAAGCUGGACUGUUCUAGAGUUACAUCGUGUGCUAAGACCAAUGGAAAAUGAGAAGUUACUCUAUUUCUAGGCCAAUAUGGAUGGGAACUAGGAACUUUGCUGCAAGUACCAUGGCUGCAGCAGGAGCAUUGACAUUACCAGUGGCUGAAAAUAGCGACUUUUCAUUUUUUGCCAGUCUUAGAACACUGUUAAAUGAGAAAAUUAUUCGUUUUUUGACAUUUUUGGGCAAGAUGCUAAUGGUCCAAUCCGAUUCAAUGAUCUAUGCUAAGCUAAGCUAAAAGUGCUCCCGCCAGACUCGGACAUCAGCUAAAUGGAUUCAAAAAUGCUAAAACUGACUCAUUUAACUCUGUGAGACUUGUAAAACAAGUGUUUUUCCAUUAAAAAAGCAGAGUGUUCUCUUUUUAAAGAGAGAGUUCACCCAUAAAUGAAAAGUUCAUGUGAGUUUACUCGCCCUCCGGCCAUCCAAAAUUACAAGGAGAUUUUUUUAGGUCAAACUAUUGUCAAUGGUGUUUCAUAUAAUGCAAGUUUGUGAUGUUUUGAGUCAAAAACACAAACAGCAAAACACAAUUAAAGGGAGAGUUCACACAAGAAAAUGAACGUUUCCAUCAUUUCCUCGUUCUCCACUUGUUUAAAACCUGUUUGAGCUUCUUCUGCUGAACACAAAGGAAGACAUACUGAAGAGUGCUGUAAAAAGUUCCAACCAUGAAUAGCAUAGGCUGCAUUUUUCUCUCAACAUUCUUCCGAAUAUCUUCUUUUGUGUUCACCUGAAGAAAGAAGUUUAGAAGCAAUUGAAUGCAAGUAAAUAAAUGCAUUUUCGUUUUGGGCUGAACUACCCCUUUAAUGAAGAGAAACUGAACACUAUUUACAGCAUCAUUACCUUUAAGUCUUGUCAAAACCUUAAAAAUCAAAUCUACGUACUCCAAUGGUGCACCGGGACUUAAUCUCACUCUUAUAAUGGGUUUCAGCAUUCAUUAUAAGCACAGAUAUCAUGUCCAUGAACAAAACCACACAUUUUCCUGUCUGUUUGUAAAUUAAAAAGUAGUUUCCCCACAGAAAUUUCCCACUCGCACUCAGAAACACACAACAGUUUGGAUAACGUUCAUAAAUAAUGUUCAUUUUAUUAUCAUUAGAAGCCGCAUGUAUUCAUUUCGUGUUGCCUGUAUGUGUUAUUAUUGGACUCUAAAAGUAUCUCAUGUGCCGAAAGUCAUUUUGAAUGACCCGAGGGCGAGAAAAUAAACAUUACAUUAAAUACAGUACAUUAAGUACUAAUUGGGAUGAACCAACUCUUUAAUUAUGCUAAUUAAUUCACACUAAUAACUAUAUUGAUCAUAAAGCAACUGCAUAUGAAAAAUUGAGUUGUUAAAAUGAUAUUCCAAUGGCCUUUUGUUGCUUCUUGAUGUGCUUUCGUUUCAGUUUUCACCAUUUUUGUUUGUUUUCGAGUUCGAGUCGAUUGGAAAUCCAUCUUUAAUUUUCUCCAUUUACCUUUCUGAUCAAAUAACACUCGCAUGUUUCUAUUUAAAUACUAAACUGUACAGAUGUACAUAUGAAAAUCUCUUUUAGGGUAAAUUUUUACAACGAUUUAACAUUUGUAUUAAUUGUAUAUAGAAUGUGAAUAUAUUAAAUGCACACUUUCGUUACUGAGGAUCUUUUGGUUUUCAACAGAACACUGUACGUUCGUAAUUCCCCGUGCUUUCUCUGUCCUCCAGGAGACGCUUUGAUUGGCUCGAAAUGAAAUGAUCACGACAGAGGGACUUGUAGGUGUCUGUGUGUAGUACUCAUUUUCUAGUGAACGCAAAACAAUCAUUGGCAAGCAGUAUGAGAUCGGUUUAGUUUUCAAAAGUAUUGAGAUGAGAUUGACUAAAUGAAAUCUACACAUAUAUAUAUAUAUAUAUAUAUAUAUAUAUAUAUAUAUAUAUAUAUAUAUAUAUAUAUAUAUAUAUUCGUAUAUGGAUGCAAUAUGAUUUAAACAUACUCUUAUGAGUCUUGAUUAUCCAAACUUGUAAUAACUUAAAGACUUUUGUUUUGUUUUUUUGUUUGUUUUCUUUCUUUUCUUUUUUGGUGAAGUGAGUAUUACUAAUGGAUUUUCUCAGUCUGUUGCGAAUCAUCUUUGUAUUUUGCUGUAUUGAAAAUAAAAUCUAUAUGAUU